GCUUUAACGGGUUGAUCAUAGCCGUCUUAUCCUCUCGCUCCCCGUCCAUCAGACUUGGCCGCCAGAUUUUUCCACUGGGGAGUCCAAUCCGCAGCAGGCAUUGACGAUGUUGGUUUCAGCCAUGGAGAGAUGCAGUUCCUACGUCCUCAUGAUCCUCUCCCAGCUCAGCAUCGCCGUGUUCAUCAUCCUACAGCAGUCGGCCGUCACCUCCUCCGACGCCGUCAGCCCCACCAUCCUCGUCCUCUACGAACACCUCCUCUCAGCCACCCUACUCUCCUCCCUCGCCCUCCUCCUCGAUAGAGGCAGGAGGCCGAGGCUUUCCUUCCCAUUCCUCUUCUGGGCCUUCUUCGCCGGCUUCUUGCAGAUAACGACGUCUCAAUUGAUGAUGACGAUGAGCCUUCGUUACAUAAAGGCGUCGUUCCAGAGCGGGGCGAUGAACACGACGCCGGCGGUGGUGUUCGUGCUUGCGGUGGCUUGCCGGCGGGAGCCCUACCGGUUCGGCAGUGUCCAGGGGCAGGCCAAGCUGUGGGGGAUCCUCCUCUCCGCCGCGGGUGCCACCGUCAUGGUGCUCUUCUCGGGCGCUGGGCCGGAUCGCUUGACCAGUUCCCCCUGGACCGGCGACCGGUUCAUCGGCUGCCUCUUGGUUGGGCUGGGAAUCCUCGGCUGCGCAACGGGAGCUAUUUUGGUGGAAUACGUGGCAAUAAAGUAUUCAGCAGAUCUGACUUUAUCAGCAAUGAUGAAUGUCUCGGGGACAAUCCAAACAGCAAUAAUAGCAGCACUGACAGAGAGAGACCUUUCAUCAUGGAGAGUUCGAUCGAAUGGAACUCUUCUCACCAUCAUAUAUGGGGGAACUGUGGUUACAGGGCUUACAUACCUGACAACGAAUUGGUGCAUACACAAGGAAGGCCCUGUCUUCACAUCAGCAUUUUCUCCACUGCUCAUCGUCUUCUCCUUCCUUCUGGAGAUACUUAUCUUGCAUCGUGCCGCCCAUCUUGCAAGUAUUAUUGGGGCCGCUCUUGUUGUCGGGGGUCUAUAUCUCCUGUUGUGGGCAAAAUCCAAGGACUACAAGCUGGAGAAAAUUGCCAUUGAAGGACAAAGUCAUGCAACCGAAGGCUCAACUACAGAACCAUUGCUGCCGAAUGAAGUUUAACCGCACACAUUAUAUAUAUAUAUAUAUAGCUAGGGUCUUGCAUUAAUUCGACAAUUAGUCUCCUGGCGAUCUAGUGAUUUUCUCGAUCACUGUAUGCUAGGAGAAACAAAAUCAUAAGCAGCAACCUCUAUUUUAGAGAGAGUUAGAAUAAAUCUCCAAGAAAUAAAAUUUCAUUUUCAAGAUUGUA